CUUCUUUGACCAAUUUACAGCUCGCGAGUUCACACUCCGAGUGAUUGAGUGUGUCCAAUCCAUGGCGAACUCCGUAUAGCAGUCAGAUCACUGUGUUGCCAAAGACACCAAUGGCUCUUCUCCCAAUUAGGAGCUCUUCUCUCUUUCUAUUAUUUUUCUUUCCGAUCGUAUUUUCUGGAAUUGCAAUCAGAUCGGCGUUCGGAGAAGAAGAAUUCACCGAGGAGUUGCUCCUCAAGCCUUUGCCUGAUCGUAAAGUGCUCGCGCAUUUCCACUUCCAAAGCAAUGCUCCCCUCACCGAUUCAUUUGCUCGCCAUCACCACCUCUUCCCUAAAGCUAUAUCUCAGUUGGUUCAGAAGUAUCAUGUUAAUGCGAUGGAGUUAUCUUUCACACAAGGUCGGUGGAACUACGAAAGCUGGGGUGGUUUUGAUCCAAUAUCAAGCAGCAAUGCAAAGCCUCCUGGAGUUGAGUUGUGGGCAGUCUUUGAUGUCCCAGAACAUCAGGUUGAUGCAUCUUGGAAGAAUUUAACACACUCACUGUCAGGACUCUUCUGUGCUUCAAUCAACUUCCUAGAGUCUUCCACCACUUAUUUUCCUCCUAAAUUGGUCUUUCAACCAGCUUCAGGAAGUUUGAGAUAUGGUACAUUGCCACGUGAAGCAGUAUGCACUGAGAAUCUCACUCCCUGGUUGAAACUCCUUCCUUGUCGAGAUAAAGCUGGUCUCUCUGCCUUGAUGGAUAGACCAUCUAUUUACAGAAGCUUUUACCAUUCUCAGAGAUUGAGAUUGACUCUAUCUAAAUCUGCUGAUGGAUUAGAUUCAGGAGUUAUGUUAGAACAAACUCUUACAGUUGCACUUCUGCCUAAUGGUCAGAGAGCUGGUGUGGACUAUGAGAAUGAGUCAAAAAUGCAGCCAAGCUGGUCUUUGAGUUCAAUUUUUGGCAGGCAAAUAAAUGGAAGAUGUACUCUUGCCAAGUCAAGUAAUGUUUAUCUUCAAGUUGAAAGAGGUCUUGUCGCUGAACUUGAGAAUCUCCAGAAGCAUGCUUAUGAUACAGCAACUGAAAAUUUGAAGAAUAACAUUGGCUUUGAAUUGUCUAUUAAUCCUGACAGGGUGCAUAAGGAACUAGAAAAAAGCCCAUCAAUUCUGUAUGAAUAUUCAAUCAAAGAGCAUAGAGAAACUGAGAAAUUUGAUUUAAGGUUUACAUGGAACCAACCAGUUCUUUGGUCAAGCUCACCUGCCCCUUUAUAUGCAAGUAGAUUUUUAAUGGGAAGUGGAAAUGAAAGGGGGGCUAUUGCAAUAUCCUUGAAAUCCACUGAACUGACCCUGGGUUUCCUUGGUGCUAAUGGUGUAGAAGAGGGGUGUAGGUUCCAAGUUAAUGUUCUACAAAUUGUUCCUUGGUAUGUUAAAGUAUACUAUCAUACUCUACAACUAUUUGUUGAUGAAAGGCGUCGAGUAGUUACUGAUUUUGUUGAGAGAAUGCAUGUUUCUCCAUCUGAAGACAAAGUAUCACCUGGGGUGAUGGAGCUGGUUCUUAAAUUUCCCUGUGACAUGAAGUCAGCUGUCCUAAAUUUAGAGUUUGACAAGGGCUUUUUGCACAUUGAUGAGUAUCCUCCAGAUGCUAACCAAGGAUUUGACAUUCCAUCAGCAAUAAUAAGCUUUCCAAACUUCCAUGCUGGAUUGAAUUUUCCUGACGAUUCUAUAAGCAAGCCACCAAUGUUAUCAAAAUUACAGGAGAAGGGUCCUGUUCUUUCAUAUACAGAAAUUCUGCUGGUGCCCUUGACGACACCUGAUUUUAGCAUGCCUUACAAUGUCAUCACAAUUACAUGCACAGUUUUUGCAUUGUACUUUGGAUCUUUGCUAAAUGUACUCCGUAGGCGUGUUGGAGAGGAGGAAAGACGUAUGAAAGAUAAAGGUGCCAAGAAAAUUGGGUUUCUUCGCCAAGUAUUAGCUAAGCUGUCUGCCAAACUAAGAGGGAAAUCAUCAGAGACGUCUCAGCCAUCAUCAACCUCCUCAUCCCUUGUCAGUCCAAAAUUGAUUCUAAAAGUGGUAAUUGUUGCAGGCAUUGCUGUUGCUUGGCAAUACUUCUCACAAUGAUACCGAAUAGGUAGUUUUUUUAAUUGUACCAUAUUCUCAUUGCAUAUAGUUAAUAUGCUUGCCUUUGUAUCUUUUUUCCUAGUUGAUCAAAAGGCAACACAGAUUCCAUUACCCUGUUACAUUUAACGCAUGAACAACUGGAGUUGUUGACCAUAUACACAUUUUAACUAUUUGAUUUCGAUUAUUGUCACGUAAUAGAAAAUUAGAGAUUGCAAUUA